AGUGUUAAGGGGAAAGCUGGCCAGACCAGAAAAGUAGGGGAAAGGAAGCCGUGGUAAAAGGAGUUGGGGAAAAGUGGGGAUCCCUCCCCACAAGCAUUGCUAUUAUCCAGCUGAUUUCUAAGGACUGGGUUGCUGUCAUUUCUGAGAGCUUCUUGAGGCCGAGUAAAAGUGUUUUUGAAAGACCGAUUAAAGGAAGAAUGGAGGCCAGAGUGGAGCGUGCUGUGCAGAAAAGGCAAGUCCUUUUUCUUUGUGUAUUUCUGGGAGUGUCUUGGGCUGGCGCGGAACCGCUGCGGUAUUUUGUGGCGGAGGAAACCGAGAGAGGCACCUUUCUGGCCAACCUAGCAAAUGACCUGGGGUUGGGGGUGGGGGAACUGUCAGCCCGGGGAUCUAGAAUCGGUUCAGAUCAGCACACACGAUUUUUACUACUCAAUCCGCUUACUGGUGACUUACUUCUAAAUGAGAAAUUAGACCGAGAGGAACUGUGCGGCCCCACAGAGCCCUGUGUGCUGCCUUUCCAGUUGUUACUGGAAAAGCCUUUUCAGAUUUUCCGUGCUGAACUGUGGGUCAGAGACAUCAACGAUCACUCUCCGGUAUUUCUAGAUAGAGAGAUUCUCUUGAAAAUAUUAGAAAGUACCACUCCAGGGGCGGCAUUUCUCCUGGAAAGUGCACAGGAUACAGAUGUUGGAACCAACAACCUGAGAAACUACACCAUCAGCCCCAAUACCUAUUUCCAUAUUAAUGUCCGUGAUGAUGGGGAGGGGAAUAUCUAUCCCGAAUUGGUACUGGAUCGAGUGCUGGACCGCGAAGAGGUGCCUGAGCUCAGUUUAACCCUCACGGCCUUGGAUGGCGGCUCUCCGCCCAGAUCCGGGACCGCCCUCGUACGAAUCCUGGUUUUGGACAUAAACGACAACGUCCCUGAAUUUGUACAGUCGCUCUACAAGGUGCAGGUGCCCGAGAACAGCCCUGUUGGCUCCCUGGUUGUCGCCGUGUCAGCUAGAGAUUUAGAUACCGGAAGUAACGGGGAAAUAAAUUAUGCAUUUUUUUAUGCCACUGAAAGAAUCCUCCAAACGUUUCAAAUCAAUUCAACAUCUGGCAAUCUUCACCUGAAAGCUGAACUGAACUAUGAGGCAGUGCAAACUUAUACAUUAACUAUUCAGGCCCAAGAUGGCGGAGGGCUUUCUGGAAAAUGUACUGUGGUGGUUCACGUAACAGAUAUAAAUGAUAAUCCACCGGAACUGCUCAUGUCAUCACUUACCAGCCCAAUUGCAGAAAAUUCACCCGAGACAGUAGUAGCUGUUUUUAGGAUUAGAGACAGAGAUUCAGGAAACAAUGCAAAAAUGGUGUGCUCCAUUCAAGAUGAUCUCCCCUUUGUCCUGAAGCCAUCCGUAGAGAAUUACUACACACUGGUAACAGAGAGCCCGCUGGACAGAGAGAGCAGAGCCGAGUACAAUAUCACCAUCACCGUCACUGACAUGGGAUCCCCCAGACUGAAAACGCAGCACAGCAUAACCCUGCUGGUCUCCGACGUCAAUGACAACGCCCCCGCCUUCACCCAAACCUCCUACACCCUGCGGGUCCGCGAGAACAACAGCCCCGCCCUGGUGCGGCUGUGCGGGAGGAGCAGGGCCGCCUCGCUGGGUCGCUGCUCGGUGCCUGAGGGCCACUUUCCGGGCCACCUGGUGGACGUCGGCGGUACUGGGACCCUGUCCCAGAGCUACCAGUAUGAGGUGUGUCUGAGGGGAGGUUCUGGGACCAGCGAGUUCAAGUUCCUGAAGCCGAUCAUCCCUAAUCUGCAGUCCCUGAGCACUGGGAGGGAAGUGGAAGAAAAUCCUUCAUUUGGGAAUGAUUUGGGUUUCUGAUAAAAAAUAAAAAAUAAAUGCCGGUAUUGUGUCUCUAAAUAUAUUCCUAGUAAGAAAUUUAUCUUGAGUUACCUGUAGAGGAGUGCUUUCCCGUUAUUUCAGGUAUUCCUAAAGUCACAGAAUAAAUUUCUUUACACAGAAAAGGAUCCAGCUUUAGCCCUAAGAACCCCCAACAAAGCAUGGAAUGUAUAGGUGUCAUAUUUUAAUCUCAAACAAUUAUGGAUUGUGUGCAGUCUAUUACAUGAUAAAUCUUGUUUGAGAUAUUUUAAAUUGGUUUUCGUUGUCUUCAAAUUGUAUUGCUACUUUUAUUUUCUGAGUUGAUUAGAGUGCUGUACAAGUAUACUGACCCUAAGUUUUAGAAGCACAGAUUGUAGAGUAUCU